GAACAAACAAACAAACAAACAUAUAACAUUUUACAAGCUGUUAUAAGAAAAAAAGCUAUACAUUAACAUUAGCUUCCAUUUACAGUUUCUUUCAAUUUCAACCCUUCACGCCUCCACCUCCAUUAACCUAUCUCCGCCGUCCGAUUCUCACCGUCCGAUUCUCGCCGUCCGAUCAUCAGAACGGACCGAAACGAGAGCGGUUAAGUUAUAGAAGAGAAAAAAAAAAGGAAACGUAGAGUGAGGUUGAAACGGUGUCGGUUUGUUAGGGUUUAGAUGGGGAAGAAACGGAAGUCGUUAGCAUCGAGUCUAGAUGAGGUGGAUCGAACCAUGUAUUCGACGUUUUGUAGCGCAGCGAAUUCGCUAUCACAGCUUUAUAGUCAAGCAUUGAAUCAACAGAAACUUUCAUUCCAGGCUGGUGAACGCCACGGCUUGGAGAAAAUGUAUCAAUGGAUCUUGAGGCAACAAGAGGGAGGAUCCAGAGUAACAACUGCUGACAUGAUGAACUACCUGCAGUCGGAACUGGACUAUAGUGGAGAGGACCAUUCAAUGUCGCCUAGACCACCGCAGAACCAGCAUUCUCAACCAAUACAUUUUGCAAAUUCAGGCUUCCCAGUCUCUUCAGGCUCAGUUGGUGUAGCAGCUCCAGUACAUGGCGUACGAUCGGAUCAUGAUCCGCAAUCGAAGAAUUAUGUUUUCUCAAAUGCUCUUUCAAGCCCUGUUAGGCAAAGCCUGCAGAAUUAUCAAGCUGCUCAAGGAGGUUACUUUUUAAACAACGUUCAGCCUUCAAAUGGGGCAAGAAACAACGAAACGAACCUCCACCACCAAAAUAGGGAGUCCAAUAGCUGUAAUUCUGCUGAUGCAUCUAUGGAUAUGCAUUCUGAUAGCCCAGGUCAUGAUUUUACUUACUGAAGUAGUCUGUAAAUAGAAUGUUUCAGCAGCUGCUUCUUGUCAUGCCAUGGU